AUGGCAAACCAGGUUGUGGAGAAAGGGUCUAAUCUUCACAGCUUGAUCACAACCCUUGAUUGGACAGACUUCAUCAAUCCUAAAUGGAAUGACCCGAGUUAUAAACGAAGAGCCAUUGCAAGCCUUAUUCAAGCAGUGUACUCGCUUGAACUUGACAGACAAGAGAAUAGAGCACGAGAGAAUUCUUUAGCUCAAGAUUUUUGGAUUCCCUUCAAGUAUAAGCCUACACAACUAUUGAUUGAUCAAAGAGAUGGAUCCAUUUUCGGUGCAACAUUCGAAUGGGAUCGAUCAGCGUCAUUGUCUGAACUCAAACCAUUUAAACCAGUUGGUGCCCCUAGAGCUGUAUUAGCACUUAGAGGAACAUUGAUCAGAGUCCCUACAAUGCGAAGAGAUUUUGAAGAUGAUUUCCGCUUCGUUGCUUUGGAAAGCUUGAAGGACUCUGCGAGGUUUAAAGUAACUAUGGAUGCGAUAAAAUCAGUUUCUGAAAUGCAUGGAAGCAGACAUGUUUGCAUUGCAGGGCAUUCUUUAGGGGCUGGAUUUGGUCUUCAAGUCGGAAAGGAAUUGGCGAAGGAAAGGAUUAAUGUGGAAACUCAUUUGUUUAAUCCGCCUUCUGUUUCACUUGCUAUGAGUUUUGGAAAAAUUGGAGAAAAAGCUGAAUGUGUUUGGAAUCGAAUCAAACCUAUGCUUCAUCUUCCCUUGAGUAGUGAACCUCGGGUCAGCAACGAUGUGGACGAGACUUACACUAUACAAUCAAAGAGAAUGAUACCUUGGUUAUUGCGCUUGAUAGAUGUUGGUUUCGGGAAAGGAAAAUGGGUUCCUCAUCUUUAUGUUAACAACAAUGACUGGAUCAGUCACUUUUAUAUCCAUACCGAUAGAACAAGAGAGGAGAUCGUUGAUGUGGAGAAUACGGAUCCUGCAAAUGAGCAAAAUGGAGCCAAGUUGUUUGUUGUUUCAAAUGAAGACCAGAAAUUUCUCGAGGCUCAUGGCAUGAGACAAUGGUGGUCAAGUGACAGUAACUUAGAGCUUAAGCACGAUAUCCGCAAUAACAAACUCGUAAGUACGCAGCUUAAGUCUUUGAACACCAUUACACUUUCUCAGAUAAUGCUUUUCUAUUAUCCACAAUAUAUUUCAUUAGCCACAAGCCGAAUAAAUAUUAGAGAAGUGACCGAUUAUGUUUGGAAUAUACUUAAACACAUGCCUCAUAAAAGUGGUAAAGGUUUGAUGGGUUGGAUGCCGCAAUUAUCUGGUAGUGAAACUCGCGUGAAAAAUGCAGAUGACAACAAGAUAUCAAAUGUAUCGAUAAAGAGUUGGAUGCCUUCGCUAUCAAGCGUCAAGGAUGGUUGUUUUGUGGUGUUGAAAAGGGCUUCUCCUAUGCUUAAUCUACCUUUUGUUUCACCAACCAUGAGUCAUGGAAAUAAUGGAGAAAAGGAAAACUUUGUUUCAAGUAAUGAAACUCAAGUUAGGAAUGAUUCAAACAAGAAUUCGAGUGUAGGUUUGAAGAAGUGGAAACUGCAUUUAUCUGGCAUGAAGCAUGCUGUUUUUGGGGUGGGAAACUUUGUUCCCUAA